AAAAGCGCCAACUUCUGCGGCACCGUGUGGUCUGAAUUGUCAAACACUCUUGUAAAUAAAUGGCUUUAAGGUUGGAUAUACCGUAAGAAAAACACACUCAACUUCAGUGUGGGAUGUCGUUUUCCGUGAGCGGCGCUGUUGCAUCUCCUUAAGUUAGUGAAAAUCAACUAAGAAAAGAAGGAAAAAAAGAGAAAAGAUGCCAGGUCUGCAGGGUGAACACGUUCAGGGGAGUCCCAUCAAGAAGAGCAAACUGUCUCUGAGGUUUUUCCAGAAGAAAGAAACCAAGCGGGCUCUGGAUUUCUCUGAACCUCAACCUGAUGAACCCAAAUCUGUGGUGCCAGUGGAGCCUGAGCCAAGCAGCUGUGAUCAGAUGGUGCCCGGUCCAUCUCCAUGUCCGGCAUCGCCCGGCCUGCUGCUGCCGCCGCCGUGUGAGAAAAGAGAAAGCUUGGUGCCAUUUGUGGGGCUCAACAACCUCGGCAACACCUGCUAUUUGAACAGCGUCUUACAGGUGUUGUAUUACUGCCCGGGGCUCAUCGAGGGCGUAAAGAAACUGUACAACCUGUCUAAAAGGACAGAGAAAGUGAAGGAGGAAACUGAUAAAAGUGAAGAGCAGUCCGAGGGUUUAGCAGAGUCCUUGCCGGCUCACAUCGAGCUUCUCGGGAGCUUCAACAGUCUGAUAACAUCCGUGGAGCAGCUGCAGUCCAGCUUCCUGCUCAACCCCGACAGCUUCAGCGAAGGAGAGCUCGCCACGCCGCCUCGUAAAAUACUGAACACACUCAGGCAGCUUAACCCCAUGUAUGAAGGCUAUCUUCAGCACGACGCCCAGGAAGUCCUGCAGUGCAUCCUGGGAUACAUCCAGGAGGCCUGUGACACCAUCAGGAAGGAGCAGGAGGUGGAGAAGGAGGACAGCGGCGUGACUGAGGUGAAAACGGAGAAUGGUGACCAUUUGUGCUCUGGCAGCUCCGAGACAGAAGCCAAAACUCCAGCGGAGGAGGACGGCCAAGUCAGCGGGAAGAGAAAAAGCGACACCGAAGUGGGAAACGCCAAAAAGAAGACAAAAUCUGUCAAGUCGAAGAAGUCGGGUUCAGAGGAAGAUGGCGGGAACAGAAAUAAACCCUUCACCCGCUCCAAGAGGAAGUCCUCCAGUGAAAUUACAGUUGAAAACACCCAGGAUAAAGAUGGAGAGGUGGAGGAGGCAGACGAGGGGACGAAGAAGCAGAAUAAGGAGAAGGGAGGAGAGAGUGAUGGUGAGGGGAAAGGUGAGAAAGCAUCUAAAGAAGCAGACGGGAAAAGACAGAAGAGGGCUAAGCUGAGCUGGCUCAGACCGUCGGGGAACCAGCCCAGCAUCUUCUCCAAGUUCCGCAGCGUAGGGAAAAUCACCUCCAUGACCCCCAAGAACCAGACGAAACCGGAGCAGGAGAACGAACUGACGGACGACCAAACUGAGAAUGAGAAGACCAGCCGAGAGCCAUUGCCCCAAAAUACGAAUGAAGAUAAGGCGGCAGUGAAAAAUCAAGAGGGUCUGGACAUGAUGGAGCGCUUGUUCCAGGGUCAGCUGGUUCUGAGGACUCGAUGUCUGGAGUGCGAGAGCUUCACGGAGAGGAGAGAGGACUUCCAGGACAUCAGUGUGCCUGUGCUCGAUGACCAACCGAGCAGCCCUGAUGACCUCUCAGAGAUUUCUCCAGAUCCUAAACCAGAGCUGAAGACUCUGAAAUGGGCCAUCGCCCAGUUCGCAUCGGUGGAGCGCAUCGUUGGCGAGGACAAGUACUUCUGUGAGACCUGUCAUCAUUACACAGAGGCGGAGAGAAGUCUGCUGUUUGACAAAACCCCUGAAAUCAUCACCAUUCACCUGAAGCGCUUUUCUGCCAACAGUUUAGAGCUGGAUCCAUACGCAGGUCUGUCCAAAGUGAACACCCCCUUACAGACACCUCUGACCUUGUCUCUGGAGGAGUGGUGCACCCGUCCCUCCUCCGCCAAAGGUCAACACUAUCAGCUGUUCGCCGUGGUCAUGCACAGCGGCGUCACCAUCAGCAGCGGCCACUACACCGCCUACGUCCGCAUGUCAGACCUGAAAGACGUGAAGCUGUGGGACAGAAAAGAGACGGAAAAGGAGGAGGAAGAGGAGAGCAAAGCAGAAACGCAGGUGAAAGACGAAGCGUUGGACUACGACGACGGCGAGGUGUCUUUCAGCCUGAGCGGGAGGGGACAGAGGGGCGCGAGCUUCAAGGCGGGAGGCAAGAAGUCGGAGGGUGGCGUCGGACUGUUGGGAGGCCAGAGGAGUUUGUCUAGUUAUGACCUCGGGAGCGGCGGCAGCAAACACACGGAUAAAACGACGACAGAGGGAUCCAAACGGAGAAAAAACAUUAACAGCCAGAAUGCUGAAGCAGGACUUAAAAAGGAGCCAGAGGCUGCAGAUGGAGCUGAUGCGCCGGCGGCCUCCUGCGGUGGGAUGGAGGCAACGGAGCAGCAGGCUCUGAGUAACCUCCUGGAGUUCGAGGGCAAAUGGAUGCUGUUUGAUGACUCAGAGGUGCGCCUGUUUGAGGAGGAGGACUUCCUACAAGCAUGCUCCCCUGAGACGUGCUCGUCUUCGACACCGUACCUGCUGUUUUACAGACGGAUGCCCGAGCCCAGACGCUAAAACGUGAACUCGAGGGGGCCGUUCCAGUGAGGGUUUUUUUUUUUGUUUCGUUAAAAACCUCAGUGCCAAAAAUACUGUGGCAGCCACGUUAAAGCUCCUGAACUGAACUCAAGUUUUCUGGCCAUGCUGCGAGAGUCAGGGUCUCACUGUGGACGGAGGCUGUUCUCACCUCGUGGGGCGAGUUUAAAGUCAUAUUUUACAGACAAAUAAGAGGUUCCAUUUUAUAUGUGGCAGAUAUUAAUUUGGCUAUUUUGAGACCUUUUUUUUUUGUUAUGCGACUGCCUCGCCUCUGCUGAGUACAGAGGCUCAUCUUUUUGCUGUUUGUCUGUACUUUUUAUUUUACUUUUGGACACUGGCUUUAAUAAUCUGUGUCUAAAACAUAUCCUGUUUUUGAUUUUUUUCCCCCUCAUUUAUCUGGUUUGUAACCCUUUUUUUACAAAUUGGAAAAGCACUUUUGAACUAAACCUUUGAAUGAAAAUGCAAAUUGUUGAGAAAAGUUUGGUUGUUUUUUUUAAGCUGAAAGCCUUUCUAUAUUACAUAAAUUUGCAUUUAUAAGAGACUGUCAGUGCUGUAUAUUAGGAAUGAAUUACUCAACUGUAAAGCCAAAUAAAAUCCCAACUAUCCAUCCAUCUUCAUAAGGUUAAAGAGAACAUGUGCCACAGACAUUUUAAAAUUAAAUAUUUUCUCAGAAAAGCCUUAACUAACCUCUCUGCACUGAUCUGUUCUGAAGGUUUUUAUGUACAAACACAUUCACACUUCUUCUCAUACUUCUUAAAUCUAAAGAUUGAUGCGUCUAUGCAGGAGAAACAUAAUAAUAAGAGCAGAUAUUUACAAAAACAGAUUAAAAUGUCAUGGAUCUAAUUUAUACAAAGGUUAUAUACACAUUUUGAUAGUACAGUUAAUACUCAAGUAGUUUAUGCCAGGUGGUGAGUUGCUUUUCUUUUCUUUUCUUUUUUUAAAAUGAAGGCAUCUAAAACUAAAUUUCUUCUAUAAGCUAUCAGGUUUUUUUUUUUUUAUAAAGAUACAUUUAAGCAAGUUAACAAAAAACUAUCACUUAUUUGAGCUUGUUAACCAGCAUCUGAAUCUGUUGUUUCUCAUUUAAUUCAGUCACCUGUAUUUUUAUUCUCAUGCUGUGAGGAGAAGGACGAGUCAGAGAUCGGAGGCUUUUAAACCUACAGAAGACUCUGAUUCCUACAGUGUAUGACCUACCUCCAGUUAUGUUUCUCUACUUGUACAUCAUCUGUUAAUAACCAAACAUUUAAAUGAACUUUUAACAAAUUUAAGCUGUAAGAUUUGAGUCCACUGGGACAGAUUUUAAAGAGCAAAACCAAUAAACCAAUGCUAUAGUUCUCACAUUUUGUAUCUAAAGUCUUUAAGCUCCAGCUGAAAGCCGCAAAAAAUGAUUGGCUCUGAAAUAAAGUGAAUCACCGUCCCACUGUGCUCCACCUUCUGCAUAAUGUCACCUUAUUUCCCUGUCAUUUUUUCCAGACAACUAAAAUACAUUUGAAACCAAUAACUGGAUUUAAGGACAUGUUCCGGACACAAUAACCAAAAAGAUUGUGUGUUUAGAGUCUGUUAAAAGGUGCAGUGUGUAGGAUUUAAUAUUUGUUUUAAAAUAAUAAUCAUUGUGGUUUCAAUACCUUAAAAUGAGCCCUUUAUAUCGGUAGGGAGUAGGUCUUCUUCCACAGAGGCUGCCAUGUUUCUACAGUAGCCCAGAGCGGACAAACCACACUAGCUCCGCAGAGGGUUUUUUGUGAGUUUUGCAGCUACUGUAGUUUCUUUUAGACACUUGGAAGGGGAGGGGGGAAAGGUUGUGGGGCGAUGUAUUCAGUUUGUUACUAAAUCCCACAGACUGCACCUUUAAAAACAAGUUGAAAUUAAAUUAACACAAAACCAGGAUUGCUUUGCAGUGAAUAAUCUGUCAUAAAAUGAUUUUCAUAAUGCUCAUGAGCUGAAUAGUUUGACUUUUAAGUAAAAAAUGGUUAUCACCAUAAUUUGAAAUAUCUAUAUAAAAAGUGACAUUGUUCCUCUCAGGUUGUGCAGCAGAGUGUUUAGAAAUCUAAUCAUGGUUUCAGGGAUUCAGUCUGUUAUAAUUAAGCUUUGGUUCACGACUAAUACCAAGUUAUUUCACUCUAUCUAUAUAUAUAUUUUAACAUAUCUGGGAGAGGUUUUGGAGUUUAAGUGCUAUAACAGAUGUGGUUUAACAUAAAGUGACACCAUCCCCAAUAAGUGUGUUGUCUCCUUUAAACUUGUACCUCAUUCCAGCUGUUAUUAUAUAUUAAU